CUCCUUCUAGGAUCCACCGUUGUCGAGUGUCAAAAGGUUUCCUUGAAGAAAAUGGGUCGAAACCUGAAGAACGCCAUUGUCGCCUUCCUCGCUCCCCUUCCUUCCAUCCUCUUCUACCUCUCCUUUCUCCGCCAUUACUCUUCCAACUCCGCUUCCGAGCUAUCUUCUAUCCAUUCAUGGUGUUUGAACCACCCACUUCUCUUCGCGAACGCUCUCUUCUUCUUUAACGUCAAUGUGCUCUUCUGGGCCAUCGGUCUACUCCAAUCUAGCCACUGGAUGAUCGAUCUGUAUUGGACUGUAAUACCAGUGAUGCUAGUUCAUUACUUUGCGGCGCACCCGUUGGCAGAGUACAACCGGUGGAGAUCCGCCAUUGUUGUGGCUCUGACAUGGGUUUGGAGCAUAAGGUUAAGUCAUAAUUACUUACGCCGGGAAAAGUGGGAAUGGGGUGCUAGAGAAGACUGGAGGUUCAGUGACAUGCGGAAACAGUACGGAAAGCAUUGGUGGUGGCUCUCUUUCUUCUCCGUCUACGUUUCGCAGCAGAUCUUCAUCAUCGGGAUAUGUCUACCUCUAUACGUUGUCCACUCCAUUGACAAGCCGCUGAACAUAUGGGACUUCGUUGCAUCAGCGAUUUGUGUGGUGGGCAUUGUAAUAGCUUAUUAUGCGGAUACACAACUCCACGAGUUCGUGGCCAGAAACGAGAAACUCCAAGAGCAAGGAGAACCUAAAGUCCCAAAUCUCGACAAGGGCUUGUGGCGCUAUUCAAGACAUCCGAAUUACGUGGGCGAGCAAUUGUGGUGGUGGGGAUUGGUCAUAUUUGCAUGGAACCUUGGCAAAGGAUGGUCUUUUAUAGGAGCAUUGGUCAACACUCUGUGUCUGGCCUACGUGACCGUCCUUGUAGAGCGUAGAAUGCUCAAACAAGAGUACAGAGCUGAAGCCUAUAAGCUGUACCAGAAGACAACGCCUGUCUGGAUACCAUGGUUCAGGUUUUCCACUGGUGUUAAGGAGAAGAACACUUGAUGAAAGUGGUUUAUCUGUCUGAUUAUUACGACGAUUUAGGAUUCUUUAAGGUCCUUAAAAGAAAUGUGUUUGGUGUUUCCUGUCAUGAUGUUUCCAUCAUUAGUCUUGAAAGAUAGUGUUGUGUUGUGUUAUGUUCUUUUCCAUGACGGGUUGGGUACAAAGCUGUCUGGUGAGCCCUGUAAAUUCUCUCUUCAUCUGCAUCCAAAGGUCUCUCUCUCUCUCUC